UGAGUUUUUACCCUAACGACUUUACGGAGCUGACAAUUUCGACAUCUUUGCCUAUCAGGACUUGGUCCAUUAAUCUUUGAAAGGUGGAGGGGGCAUUUUUUAGUCCAAAUGUACGACAUCAUACAGCCUAAACAAAACGUACACCGGGAGAUAAAGGCCAAGGUAACAUCGAUCUGCGGUGGCUUCCGCAGAUUGGAGGAAAUCGUGGCCAAGAGGGAGAAGGGACAGAGGGCACGAGGCACAGUGACCCCAGUUUCAGCUGCGCCGCAGCCCACCCGGUCGAGAAUCGAUUCGGAGACCCCGACAAAGGACACGAAUGUGGAGGAGGAUCGACAGAUUCGAGUGGGGAUCAGGAGGAAGCGGUCCAAGGGCUCGCCGGGUACACAGGAAAGAGAGGAUCAAUGGAAGAACCAGGCAGACGCCGCACGGCGAGGCCGGGAGCCUCUUUUUCCCCGCUGCCACCUCCCAAGCCAACCCCCCAGACAGCACUCUGUGGGAAAGGGUGACGAGGAGGAAAUCAAAGAAGAAGGUGAGGAAGAUUGGGGUGAAAGAGCAUGGGAAGAGGCCGCCACCCCCUCUGAGCGAAAAAAAGAAAAGUGGGAAGAAGAGGCAGAAGCGGUAUCUCCGGGGGCCCCCGUGAAACCGGAUGCGCUGAUUGUUCGCCCAGCAGCGAGGGAGAAGUACUGUGAUAUACUUCGCCGGGUUAAAAAGGAGGCGCCGAGGGAGCAGGCGGAAUGUGUCCGCAGAAUCAGGCGUACGGCCACGGGUUGCUCACGGUGUUGCUCACGCUAAGGAAAAAGUAUACAGAUAAAGUUUCCCAACUCUGCCGCGUGAUAUCAAAUCUUCUCGGAGAGAAAGCACGGGUGCUCAGGAAGGGCCCGCAGGACGAACUCGAGAUACGUGAUCUGGACGAGGUCACGACCUAGGAGGACCUGCUAUUGGCUCUGAAAAAAGCUGUCGGGGACGAAUAUCCCAUUGAAACAAACGCAGUCAGGGCACUGAGAAAGGCUUUUCGAGAGACCCAAACGGCCGUGGUGGUCAUCUCGGCAAGGGCGGCCAGGAAGAUUCUGGGAGAGAGAGCCACGAUCAAGGUUGGCUGGGUAAGGUGCGGAGUCUGCAGGGUGUCGAGCACGAGCGACGUCGACAGAGCCAAGCUCUCCGUGAGGUCUGGGGAGCCCGGACACAAAUUUGCGGACUGCACUCGGGAUCCGAGAUGCGCAUUAUGCACGGAGAGAGGAGACGGCGGGAACGCGGCACACAUGGCCGGAAGCGGCAGGUGCCCAGUGUUCAAGGCAGCCCUCCAGAAGGCCUGAACGGGUCGAAGAUGAGGGUGCUGCAGAUUUACAUUAAAACCUGUGAGGCGGUAAAUGACCUCCUGUGGCAGACGGUCCGGAAGCUCGAGGUCGAUAUGGUGUGCAUUUCGGAGCCAUGCCGAAAGAUCGACACUUAGAGCUGGUUCACGGACGCCAGCCAGGGGGCCGCCAUCUGGGUUUGCCGUAGUUUACGGCCGGAGGGCUCAAUCAGCACCAAAGGGCAGGGCUUUGUGCGUGUCAAACAGCGGGGAUUCACUUAGACCGUUGCUACGCCUCGCCGAGCUUCUCCACCACCGAGUUUGCGGACAGCUUAGACGGCCUGACCGAGGACGUGAGGCAUAAAGGCCCGUGGCUAUAGCGGGCGAUUUCAACGCCUGUGCGACGGACUGGGAGAGCAGGACGAACGUCCGAGGACAAGUGAUGCUGAAGGCCAUGGCAUCGGUGGACCUGGUUCUACUAAGUAAAUGGCUAGAACCGACGUUCUCCAGGGCCGGUCAAAGCUCAAUAGUGGACCUAACCUUCGUGAGUGGCGACCUAGCGAGAGGCAACCACUCAUGGAGGGUUAGUGAUGUAUAUACGGCGCGCGAUCACCGGGCCUUGCUCUGGGAUGUCUCAACUACCCGGAUACCAAGAACAGUACCGGCAAAGGGCAAUGCCGUCGGUUGGAAGGUGGGAGCUUUCAACCAAGAUAGCUUCCUCAUCGCGCUGUAUGACGGCCCUGUUAGAGGACGCAGCGCCUCUGAAAGGGUCGGGGAUAUGAUGGCGAGAAUAGCGAAAGCUUGCCAUGCCGUCAUACCCAAGACGCGUACCAUCAAUAGACGGCCCCCAGUUUAUUGGUGGAACGGCGGCAUGGCAGCCCUGCGCUCAACGUGUAACGCAACCAGAAAGCGUCGCAACGCGCUCGAGGGAAACCAGAUUUCGUCGAACGGGAACAUACAUAUAAGAGGGAGAGCUGAAAGCUGUGCAAGGCCAUAAAGCGGAGCAAAGCACUAGCUUGGAGGGAGCUGAUAGACGGGGUCCAGAAUGAUCCAUGGGGGAGGCCGUGCACGGUGGCACUGAGGAGACUGAAAGGCCAUCCAAUGCCAGCGCCUACGUGCCCGAUCGUCCUUCGUAGGAUUGUGUCAACACUGUUCCCACGGCAGUGGCAGCAAUAGAGGACAAGAUUACAGAGAAGAGCGUCAGCCACCCCCCCGGUCACCAGGGAUGAUGUCAUGCACGCAUGCAGGAGGUUUGGUGUUGCCAAGACCCACGGAAUGGAUGGGGUCCCAAAUGUUGCUCUAAAAGCGGCCAGAUCAGUUGCGGACCUCUACACGCGCUGCAUGAGAGAGGGUAUCUUUCUGGCGAGGUGGAAGAGGCAGAUGUUGGGAUUACUCCCGAAGGGGAGGAAACCUCCGCACGAACCAUCCACUCUGGCUAUUGGACACUACUGGGACGAUUUUGGAGCGGGUAAUCCACCAAAGGAUUGGAGGCGGUGGUGGAGCCUCAGCUAGCGGGGCAACAAUUCGGAUUCAGGGAGGUAGGUCCACGCUGGGGGCCAUAGAUCUAGUCAUCGACCUAGCUAGCGAUGCUAUCGCCAGCGCAAGACGGCAUAGGGGGAACAAGAAGUAUUGUCUGAUUCUCACGUUAGACGUUCGGAAUGCCUUUAAUACGUCGAGAUGGGAGUGCAUCCUGGAAGCCCUGCAUGGGUUUGGUGUUCCCGCGUAUCUCCGGGCAAUGGUAGAACACGACUUCGCAAGGAGAACCCUCAUAUAUGACACCGAUAUGGGAGCCCAGGAGUACAGGAUCACGGGCAGAGUUCUGCAGGGAUCAGUCCUGGGUCCUCUCUCGUGGAAUGUCAUGUAUGACGGCCUGCUGAAACUGGUCCCCAACCGGGGGUAAAGCCUGUAGCCUUCGUCGACGAUGUGGCGGCAGGCAUAGUGGGAAAGCACCUGGAGGGCAUUAGCCUGAUAUUUGAAAGAACCUUUGAGAUGAUCCGUACCUGGAUGGACUCCGUCGGAUUGUGUUUGGCGGAGCACAAGAUGGAGGCGCUACUCACCUCGGGGAGAAGAGUUCUCGAGACCAUCACGCUGAGAGCUGGGGACGCUGACAUCGCCUGCAAACCGUACAUCAAGUAUUUGGGGGUGAUGAUCGAUGCCAGGCUUAGCUUUCGGCAGCAGGUGGAAUACUCCACGGCCAAAUCCGCGGAAAUCCGGACGACAUUGGCCCGGAUCAUGCCAAAUGUUGUGGGCCCUAAGCAGAAAAGGAGAGCCCUGCUGGCGUCGGUGGCAACGUCGGUAAUGACGUAUGCCAUCCCUAUAUGGGGGGUGCUCUGCAGGUAAAGGAGACCAGGCGUAAGAUGGCAGCUGACCACAGACUGAGUGCCCUUAGGGUGGCCAGUGCUUUCCGCGCGGUUUCGGGGAGUGCCAUCCGAGUGAUGAUAGCCGGUAUAAUGCCGAUCGAAAUAAUAGUGCAGGAGCGCGUGGCGUUAUACCAGCAGAUGAAAAAAGCAGGAGCAGCGACAUCGAUGACCCGAUCCACCGAUGCGAGUCGUAAGGGAGUUACGGAAGCGGUGAGCGCAUGGAGCCUGGACGACUGGCAGGCAAAAUGGUCCACCUCGACGAAGAGGACGCGGACUUAUCGCCUGAUCCCUGAUGUCUCCACCUGAGUUCUCCGGCAGCACGGUGAGGUAAACUACUACCUCACCGAGGAGCGAGGAGCGACUCAGGAGGGCGCUCGCCAACAAGGAGGAGGAGGGGCAGAUACCACCGGUGACGAGGUGAGGGUGAAGGCCAUCCGGUGUUAUAGAAGGUGCGUCGAGGGACGUCGCUGAUGUCGCCCGUGAAGUAAUGCCUGACGGCGGUUCCGCGGGGAGUCAGGUACAAGGAGACGAGCGGAGUUAGGGCUUUACUGAGUAGAAAUCUCAGAUCGGCCACGACCAACUUGGCCCGAAUUUUUCGAAGAUUUCCCGACAACCUCAUGGGACGCCUGGCAGAUGCGAAACAUCAUGUGUGUACAAGUAAUAUGCAUAUAAGAUGAUAUUAUUACAGGAAUUAAAUAUAGCCUAAUGGAAAAAUGAAGUAUUACGAAUUUCUUACAGAAAAUGGUAACUUUAUUUAAUAAACAUUUACAUGUGAUAUAAAAGUUCGAUAUUAAUAUCAAGUGGCCACAAUUUAAAUAUUUUCAUUCGUGAUUUCAGUAAUAGUUAUAUUUGAUGUUUCCUCUGCCGGUAUUACUGUGACGAUUGGUCGAUGAUAACUAAAGUACGUUACAAAAAUAUUGGUCGGAACAUCAUCAAGAUAUCUCACAAAUACAGCAUCUAUUGUUGUUCCAUAUUAAAAAAUAUAAACUUACAUUUAUAUUUAAAAAAAUAUAAAUAUGUUAAUAAAAUCUAAGAUAAAAAUUAAAAUAGUCUGGUACUAUUCGAUUAAUAAAGUCUUACACAAGAUUGAUAGUAUGCCUUGUGUUUGAAUGAUCAGGGUGGCGUCCAGUUUUAAUAAGAAUAUGUUGUGAUCCCUGCGAUGAUUGUUGGGAACUGAAAUAUUUAAAAAAAUAUGAUAUUAAAAUACACAAAAAAAAAAAAUUUAAGUGUGGCUUCAAUAUACUCAUGAACUUAAAUCUUAGUUAAUUAUUGCAAUAUAUGACUAAAGAUUUGCAAAUAUAAAUUUUAUUAAUAAAUUUUUCUAUAUUAAUUCUUUCAUGAAUAAUAAAAGAAUACUUAAUUGAAGAUAAUAUUAAUAUAAUUUAUAUAAAUUAUUAAUAUGAUUAAUAUGAAUAUAAUUAAUUAAAUAUAAA